AUGGCUAAACUAUUCGACUGCUCGAAAUGCUGCAAGAAAGAAGCCCAUGACUACAAGGUGGUGGCAUGCGAUCAACUUUACCCACUGUACAAUCAACAGAUGUGCGACAACUGCUUCGAAUUUACCGAACCUCCGCACGAAAGUAAAAAUUGCACAGUAAGCGUUGGGAAAAGUUGUAGAUCAUGCGGCCACGCUGAUUGCCCAAGGAACAAAUGCCCUCGGCUGGGUGGGAUGAAGCUUUAUGAGAUUGGGCAAGAUAUUGCAGAUAGAUUCACUCCCGACGCGCGAGAUGCAUGGUUAAGAAGAAUAUAUGAACUCCAGUCCAAUGCAGCAUUAAGUGCAGCGUCUCAAGCUUCAGCUAACGCCGCUGGACCAUCAAACCCUCUACCAGAGCCUGUUGAUGAUAACAGAACGAUGGAAGAGAAACUUCAAAGCUCGUAUGACGAAGAGUCUCAAAGCAUCCCCAAAGCCGAGAGCCGAACUUGGGAUCCAUCUACUAAGAUUCACGCGAACUUUUACAAGGUCGGUCUGAGCAGUGAGGCGCAGAUCUUGAAGUACUCGGUUUGCCUUGGCAGAAUAAUUUCUUGCGGAAAGCCCGAAGAGUUCGUACCUACACGACCAGAAACCAAGCGCUAUCUAAUCACGCGGCUUCUCGAGGAAAACAAGGAUCUAUUCGAACCAAUCAGCUGGGCUACCGACUACGACUCCUUUAUUGUCUCUAAUAAACCCCUUGGGAAUCAUGAUUUGAGCACGAUCGGAUGCUCUAUCUCAACACCACAUACACGUAGCGGACCUGAUGGUAACUCGAUUCACAUGGACUCUUCAUUGUCAUUCCUCGGAUUGGUUAAUGUCAAGGCCUUGAUAGACCAUGUCAAGUCUAAGAACACACCCCUCUACCACCCUGAAGAGGAAUUGAAGUUCCUCAAUAUAAUUUCUUGGAAGAAAGUUUAUUCCCCUCAGUAUGAAGGAGGUCGUGUGGGCAAGAAAUUCUAUCCACAUAGCUUUGUGGCCGAUGACGAGAGAUGGAUGUCUCAAAAACGAACAAACGAACAGACCGAUCCUACCCUACGCUUCGAAGACAGGGUACCUCUGUAUCAGAUACAUCGUGGUUUCUUCAGCUCAAUGAGGCCUGGGCAGGGCUCAGUUUUGCUCAAUGUCAAUGUGAUAACAUCUGCGUUCUUUUCUUCCAUAAAUCUCGCCGAAUGGAUAAAAUCAAACCCCAAAAAUGGGGCGAUCCUGAAAGACUUCUAA